GCAUGGACAGCGAGGAGUGUGAAGAGUGGAUGGUGGAGUCUAUAAAGCUGUAUAAGGAUUUACAUGAUUUUGAACUUCAAGAUCCGACCCGAGUCAUCGAAUGGAUUGGUGAGAAAAGUAUUUGUGUAGCUGGCUAUGAUGACACUAAAUCAAAUGAAAUCCUGCAGCUGCUUGUUCCACAGAAACUGCAAAUAAAAGAAAACCAGGGUUUGUGUCCCGAGAGAGAUCUGAAGGUUGAACAUGGCGGAUUCACACAGUAUCCUGUAUACAGCCUGAAACAUGUCCCUGAGCACAGUCUAAUUCUUACGACCGGCCCAGCUUCGGCACUGGUGCAAGUCUGGCAGAUAGGAGCAGAGGACAAAGAUGUCAUUAAGCCCACAAGUACCAUUCAGUCGGAUGUUGGUAACGACACGUGGACAAAAAUAGCUACAACGGCCGCUACAUCUCCUCGGGUUCUCCAUGGAUCUCGCAUCAACAACGUCCAGCUCACCGAGCUCGAGUCCAAUAAGCAAAUAUAUACACUUGCUACAUCAGGCAACGAAGCGAUUGGCUCGCUCUCCUUCCUGGAUGUGAAUACUUUCCUACUUUGCAGUCUCAGCGGGAGACUAAUGCUUGCUGACAUCCGGCAAAGCGGAAUUGCCAUCGAACAAAAUUUGGCCCUCUCUGCCUCCUGUAACAGCCAGUGGAUUGCAGCAGUGAAACCUGAACAUUCGGGCAUCACCAGCCUUUCCUCAGGGGGGCACAUCACCAUCACAGACUCCCGGAACCUUGGGGCACCUCUAAAAUGUGCCAAAGGAAGAAUAUCUGAACCCUGUACGCCAGAGACCUUCAUGUGUAUUUGUUGGGCACCAAGGCUAGAUAACUGCAUUUCCAUAUCAGGCUUUGAUGGAAACAUACAGAUCUAUAACACAGAAUCCUGGGAUGAGACUGUGCAGGAGAGAGAUGUGCUGUUCACUCACAGGGGCCACUCUGUCAUGGGGGUGUGCAAGGACAACAGCGUCCCCCGAGUCACCUGUCACACCUGGCACCCAUGGAAAGAAAGGACUCUCAUAUCGGCAGCGAAUGAUGGAUCUUUACAUAUGUGGGACUGGCUGGACCGCUGUACUGGGCUCUGAUAAUAAAGUUACAAACGCAAGCAUUCUUAAAGGGA